AGGUGGGGGGCCGUGUUUGCCGGUUGCAGCGGUCCUCCGAGUGCCUCUUCAUCCGUCCUCCACAGGAAAAAAAAGAUUGACAGGACCGGCGAAAACGAGCUCCUUUUAACCCAUUCACACCCUUUCCGCUUUAAUAGUUCAAUUUCCUACUGAUGAAAUUCCAAUUUUAUCCAAGUCCAAAGUGAAUCGAAAAUGCUUCCGUGUUCUUCGUCCUCACCGAGCGAAGGAUGUGAAGAGGAGAAGGACGCGCACAUGCACACGGAGUGCAGCAGACUGACGGAGCAGAGGGACGAAGCCGAGAGACAACUCAAGCACAUCAAGAGGGUGUCUCAGAUGGUGAUCGAGGAGGUGAGCGUUCUGCAGACUCAGCUGGAGAUCGAAAAGUCAUGCCGGGAGAACGCCGAGGCGCUCGCCACAAAGCUGAACAGCGAAAACCGGAAGUUGAAAUACCUGAGCUUGUCAUCACGGCCAUCGUGCUUGGACGAGCUGCUUCCCAGCAUCUCGGACUGUGUCGCCAUGGAAACGGUGGCGGCCCCGGAAGACGCCUCGCCCGAUGCCUUUGCGCAGUGCCAGCAGCAGGUCAAAGAGCUGCGUGAGGCUGUGAGCACCUUGUUGGAAGAAAAGAAGAGCUUCCUGUGUCAGAUUCAUGACCAGCAGAGAAGAAUCGAGGAGCUGAGCGAAAAGGCCGAACGAGAUGAGAGAGAAAUGGAGAAACUUCGAAACGCUGUCGAGGAACACGGCAAAACCAUUAAGAGGUUCAACAGAGUGUCCAUGAUGGCGACGCAGGAGUACGAGGGCAUGAAGGAGCAGCUGGACCUGGAGCAGAGCCUUCGAAUCAAAGCUGAGACGUACGCCCACGAGAUGCUGGUGAAGCAGAAGGAGGCCAAUCGUCAGAGCGCGCUUCUGCUGCAGAAUGCCGAGCCCAGUUUGCAGCUGCUCAGCGCCUUGGAGGAGGUCGCCGUCCUCACCAAAACGCUGGAGGGUGAGCGACUGCAGCAUCAGAAACGGGUGUGCGAGCUCCAGGCUGAGCUGGAUGACAGUUUAGCAAAAAAGAAUCUAGAGCGUCUACGUCGACAAGUGGAGCUUCUGGAGGAGGAGAAAAAAGACGUAGAGGGACGUCUGGAACGCAUGGAGAAGGACAACCAGCAGAUGCGAACACAGCUCCAGCUGCUCCCGAAGGUCGCCAUGACAACCGACACCCCACCUCCUCCGCCUCCCGGUCUGGCCCCACCCCCGGCUCCCCUCCCCCAGCCACCACCGCCGCCUCCUCCGCCGCCACCGCCCCCACCUCCGCCUCCCCCAUCCAGAUGCAAUCCCCUCAGUUCUUUGAUCGCCAUCAUGAGGAAGACAUCCAAAGGUUCCAAAACGUCUCUGAAGGCAGAGCAGCCCGCAGCCUCUGAUGAUGCGGUUAAGGUAAAGGCUGUGAAUGAGAUGAUGGAGCGUAUCAAACUCGGCGUGGUGCUACGGCCUGUCAAGAGUCAGGAAAGCAAGACGCCACAGAGAGUCGCUGUCAAACAGCCUCCGACCAGUGAGGAAAAAUCUCAGGAGAGCGCCAUGGAUGAACUCAAAGGCAUCCUGGAGACGGUGAAGCGCAGUCCCAGCCGAGGUUCCCAGGAGGUGCCGUCGCCGACGGGAAAGAAAGACAGCGAGCUGGAGGUUAUCCUGAGAAGACGACGCAACAGAGCCGGGGAGGCCGGUUCUGGAGACGAGCGCGACGGUCAUCUGAGUCACGUGUCGUCCUCUGACAGCCUGAACGGUAGACGCGCCAGCAGCGAGUCGGGCAAGGAUCCGGAUGGAUCCGUUACACCGUGCAACCCUGUACCGGCUCCGCGGGCGGUCGGGGAGCGCAGAGGAUCCGGGCCGGGACCCGUCGUGGCUAGGAGGAAGAGCUCGGAUAAAUCGGGAAGCUGGCAGGAAAGACGAUCCGGCUGUUCGGAAAAAGACAGGGCUGAUUCUCCUGUCGGAAACGGGUGCGAGCACAGUGUCAACGAGGACGCCGCCGCGAAGACACCCGUGCAAACCAACGGCGUUAACCACGGGGAGGCACCGAACACUGCCAUCUUUGUCGUGGGCGACAUGAACGGUGACGCCGAGGGUGACACCCAGGGGGCGCUAUGAGGACGUUUGCCUAAUAUGCGCGCUAGAUCACAAUGCAGAGACGCUGUACUGUUUUUUUUUUUUUUUUUUUGUAAUACAAAAAAUGUUAGGUUUUCUGCUACUGUACUAACCCUCAUACAUUUUUUUAUUGUCAGAUUGAAGCUGACUUCCUAUUUAGUUUCACAAAUGAUGCCUGGUGAAACAAUAAUCACAUUUCAUGUAUGAUAAGAGUAUGGUAUCAAACAUUGUAUGUUUAACCCAUUGAUGCCUGAAGUUACAUUGAACAAAUAGAUAUAAAAAAGCAUUGGGGAUACAUAAGUACAUGAAAAUGACAAUAAAGCCAAUCAUCCUUCAACUUUCAGUUGAAAUUUGUCACUAGUAGAUGUACAAUCCAUAUGAAGUGGGAGGGUAUGGCAGCGAAUGAUGGAAUACUACUUUUUAUGUACUUAUGUAUUCCUCCAAUGCUGUAAGUAUAUUUGUUAACCCUGGCAUGAUUGGACAUCUACCAUCAUCAAAGGCACUGAAAAAGUUAAAUGUCAAUACAGGCAUCAAGGGCUUAGAAGCAAAUAAGCAAAAGUUGUUAAAAUAUGCAUUCAACACUAAAUGUUUAGUUAACACUUGAUUAGGUACACGUGCAACAGUUCAUAUUUACCAUCAAUUUGUACAUCCUGAUGCCCGAUUGGCACAGAAUUAGUAUUACCUGUGGACCUUUGGUGAAUUGUAAUAAUGGAAUUGCAGAGGACUCAAGGCAGAGCUACCUCAGGGACCUCCAGAUGGAACUCCCGGGACUCUGCUAUUAUAAAACCCCCAAACCAAUUCUAAAUCCCAACGUGCUUGCAAAGCUUAGUUUUCUAACCCUGCUGUGAAACUUUAGCUUUGCUGUAUUGAUACUGUAACAAUGGUGUACCUAAUAGGGUUGUUGAAAAUAUCGAAAAGUAUCAAAAUGUUGUAUCAGAAUACUAUAUUUGAUUUCAAAAUUAACGACACUUGGUUAUUUCCUCUGCCAAGGCUGCCCUUUGUCACCGAUUCUGUUCAUAAUUUUUAUGGACAGAAUUUCUAGGCGCAGCUGAAGCGUUGCGGGGGUCCGGUUUGGUGGCCUCAGCAUUGCAUCUGUUUUUUGCAGAUGAUGUGGUGCUGUUGGCUUCAUCAAGCCGUGACCUCCAACUCUCACUGGGGCAGUUCGCAGUCUAGUGUGAAGCGGUUGGGAUGAAGGUCAGCACCUCCAAAUCCGAGACCAUGGUGCUCGGUUGGAAAACAGGUGGAGUGCCUUCUCUGGAUAGGGAUGAGAUCCUGCCCCAAGUGGAGGAGUUAAAAUACCGUAUUGGCCCGAAUAUAAGACAGCUCUGAUUAUAAGACGACCCGCUCUUUUUCAAGACUCAAGUUUGAAAAAAGACUUUUUUAACACUAAAUUAAUUUUCAUACAGAAAAAAAUUUCAUUACAUCCGGAACAAAUAUAUUUGAGAGAAAAAGCAUGUAAUUUUGCCUCAUUCAAAACUUAAUAUCUGAACAUUUAAAUAUGUAAACUAAAAUGCAAUCACAUUCGUAAAUGAAUGUUUUUGAAAUGUAAAUUUACACAUUCUAUUAUGGUAAAAAAAAAAACAAAAUUGUAAUAACUGCAUUAACCAUUAAAAAGUGAAGUCUAACUGUAACUGUAGUCUUGAAACAUAUCUGAAUAAGGAAAAACAUUGCAAUAAAAGAAUGCAAACUGGUUAAACUUGAGAGUAGCUGAGCUUUGUCAUGACAGAACAUCACUUCAAUGAUAUCUGGCGCCAUCUAGCGUCGUGAAUGGGGAUAACAUCUAGACCGCGAAUAUUGGACGACCCCCUCUUUUUCAGUCUAUUUCAAUGCAAAAAAACACCGUCUUAUAUUCGGGCCAAUACGGUAUCUUGGGGUCUUGUUCACGAGUAAGGGUAGGAGGGAGCAGGAGAUCGACAGGCAGAUCGGUGCAGCGUCUGCAGUAAUGCGGACUCUGCACUGGUCCGUAGUGCUGAAGACGGAGCUGAGCCGAAAGGCCAAGCUCUCGAUUUACCAGUCGAUUUACUUUCCUACCCUCACCUAUGGUCAUGAGCUGUGGGUCGUGACCGAAAGAACAAGAUCCCGGAUACAAGCGGCCGAAAUUAGUUUCCUCCGCAGGGUGUCCGGGCUCUCCCUUAGAGAUAGGAUGAGAAGCUCGGACAUCCGUCGAGCCGGUACUCCUCUGCGUUGAGAGGAGCCAGCUGAGGUGGCUCGGGCAUCUUGCCCCCUGGACGCCUCCCAGGAGAAGUGUUCCGGGCAUGUCCCAUCCCCGGUAGGCCUUGGGGACUGUCUCUAGGCUGGCCUGGCACGCCUUGGGAUCCUGCCGAAGGAGCUGGUUUAAGUGGCUGGAAAGAGGGAAGUCUAGGCUUCCCUGUUAAAGCUGUUGCCCCCCCGACCCUACCCCAAAGUAAGUGGUAGACCAAUCAGAUGAUGAGAUGGUUAUUUCCUUUUGCACUACCACAGAUCACCAUAAGUUUGUUGUCCAGGGGUAAAUUUGAUUUUGAAUUUUUCUUCAUACUAAUAGGAUAUUUUUGUUUUUCCGUUGCUAGACAUUUCAUUCAUUUUGAAUGGGAAUGAAUGAACAUUCUGAAAGAUGAGCAUUCUCAGCCAGUCCUCCCAGUUUAAAUGAAUUGGAAGUCUUUCGUUGUCAAUAACUUCGUUGUCAAUGGCAGGAAGUUAUUAAGUUUUGGGUCACUUCCAGUUUAUAUUGGUCCAUUCCGGGGUCACUUCCUGUAGAUUUUUUAACUUACCCUGUUGAUUUUACGGUACUUCUGGCUCACUUCCUGUUCAUUGAUCCCUUCCUGUUAAUUUUGGGGCAUUUCCGAGCCUCAGUUCCUUUUGAUUUUGGGUCACUUUCUUUUUGGGGCAUUUACAGGUCAGUUUUUGUUGUUAAUUUUGGAUUACUUUCUAAUGAUAUUGGGGCAUUUCUUCCUGUACAGGCCACUUCCUAUUAAUUUUGGGUCAAUUCAAGGAAGUUGUUUUUUCUCAAAAAUAAUAACCACCAAUGGAGAAACACUGAAAAUAAGGUUUUUGUUUGUCUUAUGAAUGUUGUAUGAAAAAUGGUUUCGAGAUUUUUUUUUUUACAGUAUUGCUAUCAAGUUGAAAAUGUUUGUAUCGUGACAACAGUACCUAAUGAAGUGUUUACUUUUUCGAGGGGACUUCCAUGUGACCUCUCAAUGCAAACCUUCUCCGCCACGACUAAUCUGAGAAGUGAAGACGUCUUCCUGCCGGGAACUCAAAAUUCCCUGACUUUCAUUUAGUUUUGUUUGAAAUCAUUUGACAGCAUCUAGCAAAAAAAAAAAAAAACUUUUAUGAACUCUUGAGAGCCUCUUUUUCCCAUUUCUGCAUAUCGAGGCCUCCCCUAAGUUUUCCAUCAAUACUUUACACCGGGUGUUGUGUGUGUGUGUGUGUGUGUGAUAUAUAAACAUCCAUUCAUAUAACUAUGCUGUGUUUUUUUUAAAAGAAUCAUUUUCAUGUAACCAUCACUUGAAAUAAACUGCA